AUAGUUUAAUGCGUUUUGAUUUGAGUGAUCAUAUAAAUUUUCUGUGUUGUCCCAGUAUCAGUAAAGACCGUUGCCACUUAUAGAUAAACCCAUUUGUUGUUGUUGUUGUCGUCGUCGUCGUCGUUCCCCCCCUAUUUCACAGUAUGUCAUCCCUAGAAUCUAAUAGUUCACUGGCUGAAUUACCUAAGUAUUCUACCCUUGAUGAAAGCCUUCCGUCUUACUGUCCCUCAUUGAAUUUCUAUGGAGUCGCAUUAAUUAAAACCGAAUUCAACUCCCCAUAUCAUUAUAAUAAUGGACCAAGGACGUGGAAACCAGUUCUACUCCAUAUAAACUCCACCCAGUUGAAUAUUUACAAUUUGAACCUAGACAAAAAGGUCCAUGAUUUGCUAGUUUCGCUUUAUUCGGAGUUAAACUCGUUAAAUGACCUCGCCCUGCAGAUAAACGCCGAUUAUAAAAAGAGCAGUCAGUCGCAUUCAAAUUCCAGCGACAGCGUGCUUGAUGAUGAUAUGUUUGGUUCUGAUGCAUAUGGCGGUAACUAUUCCCGUAAAUCCUUAGUUGAUGAAUCCCCAUUUUCAAAGUUUAAAACCAGAAGACAAGCUCAGAAACAACAAAAGUGUUUGUCCAGCUUGGGAAACUACUAUCACUUAUUUAAAGAUAACAGGUUCUUAUUUGAACCAACCCAUUUAGAAUCAGAAUACCAGAAAUUUAGAGGAUAUCAAGGAGAAUUAAUAAACUCGUACUCGUUAGCUCAUUUACAAAUCGGAGAAGCUCCCUCAUUGAAUCACCUUAUAUCCGCCAUGUUCAAAGAAGAAAACAUUUAUCUGGAUUUUAUGAAUGAUGCUUGUUUGGUGAAAUACAAGAAUGUGUUGCGGCUCAGAAUAGAAUAUAAACAGUUGUUGUUUCAAUUUUGGUCAUUCCAUGGUAUGAUUCAUUGGUUUAGAAACCUUUCGAUCGGGAAAGAUUUAAGUGUUCCAAUUGAGAGCAGAACAAUCACCAAGUUAAAAUCCAUACCUUCUAGAAAUUCCAGACGAAUGAAUGAGUUAAUAAUAGCAUCCGCUGCAGCUGUGGAGUACGGUGGACACGCUGAUGCAAUAUCAGAGUCGGAGUUACCGUUGAGGCUAUUCACCAGACCUCAAUCAAUUAGCGAAAAAGACGAAAGUUUGUACGACGUUUCGUCCUCAAAUUCUUCAGAUCAGGAAUCUACAGUUUUUGAAAAUGGAAGAAGAGGUUCCAACCUGACAUCUAUAUCGUCGGUUGGCUCUUCGUUGCUUAAUAUGGGAAAUUUCAGUUCUACCGUCACGGUGCAGAAUUUCGAGUUUUACUCACGUGAUGGGUUUUAUACGACUUUGGAAAAACAGUACAUUUCCAACUGUAUUCCCGAUUUGACAUAUUGUGAGAAAUGGUACGGGAAACUCCUUACAAUUAGUCACUUUGAUAAGUUUAUCAAGGAUAGAAAUAUUAAAUUUGGAGAGGAAAUCUUCAUUAGAAAUAGUGCAUUGGAUUCUUUAAUCAAAUCGUUUGACAAGAAUAGCAACAAGCUCGAACUGCUGAUUGGUAAUUCCAAGACGUUUUUGAUCCACCAGAGUGGAUUAUAUUGUAUAGACAAUCAUGCUAAGUAAUGACAAAAAACUAAUGAAUGUAACAUUAAACAA